AUGGACGCCAACAACAAUCGCCUGCAUCUCAACUUCGGGAACAAUGACCGCCUCCCCGUAAACGACCGGGCAUACCCGACGACGCCCUCAACCUUUCCCCAGCCCGUCUUCCCGAACCAGGCGGGGCAACAGCAGCAGCAACAUCAUCAACAGCAGAACCACCCACAAGGUGGCAUGCAGGCGCAUCAACAGGCCUACGGUGGCUACGCACCCCAGGGGUACUUCCCCCAGGCGCAGACCGGCUAUGCUGCCCCGUAUCCCGCCCAGGCCGUCACCAACGACUACGCCCACGCCCAGAAUGGCGUCUACCAGGCACGAUCCAAUACUCCCGGUACCAAUGACCCGAACGUCGGCCUAGCCCAUCAGUUUUCCCAUCAGAAUUUGGGCGGCGGCGCAGCCAGAGGCGCCCAAUAUGCUCCUCGUGGCCCCCCGUCUGGCCAGCGUCCGAGGACUGCGGGCGGAAGCGCACAGCCGGGCCCGUACGGCGCCUACGUGAAUGCGCCGCCCAUGCCCACGCAGAGCCAGCCCCCAGCGGAGAUCUUCCAGUCUGCUCCGGAGCGGAACCCCGACAAGUACGGCACAAAUGCCAACAGCAACCAGAAGAAGUGCUCGCAGCUGGCCACGGACUUCUUCAAGGACAGCGUCAAGCGUGCCCGUGAGCGCAACCAGAGACAAAGCGAACUGGAGCUGAAGCUUCAAGAUCCGGGCCAGAACCCCGCUCGCAAAGAGCAGCUCUGGUCCACGGCAGGCCGAAAAGAGGGCCAAUACCUCCGCUUCCUCCGCACCAAGGACAAGCCCGAGAACUACACCACGGUCAAGAUCAUCGGCAAGGGUGCCUUUGGAGAGGUGAAGUUGGUUCAGAAGAAGGGCGACGGCAAGGUCUACGCCAUGAAGUCUCUCAUCAAGACGGAAAUGUUCAGAAAGGAUCAGCUUGCUCACGUCCGGUCAGAGCGUGACAUCCUCGCCGAAUCCGACAGUCCCUGGGUCGUCAAGCUCUACACCACCUUUCAAGACUCGUAUUUCCUGUACAUGCUCAUGGAGUUUUUGCCUGGUGGCGACUUGAUGACAAUGCUCAUCAAGUACGAAAUCUUCUCCGAGGACAUUACGCGGUUCUACAUUGCGGAAAUCGUGUUGGCCAUCGAGGCCGUUCACAAGCUCGGCUUCAUUCACCGCGACAUCAAACCCGACAACAUCCUGCUCGACCGAGGCGGUCAUGUCAAGUUGACAGACUUCGGCUUGUCUACUGGCUUCCACAGACUUCAUGACAACAACUACUACCAGCAGCUUCUGCAGGGCAAGUCGAACCGCCCUCGCGACCGCAACUCUGUUGCCAUUGACCAGAUCAACUUGACCGUCAGCAACCGAUCGCAAAUCAACGACUGGCGGCGGUCGCGCAGACUCAUGGCGUACUCGACUGUCGGCACCCCCGAUUACAUUGCGCCCGAGAUCUUCACUGGCCACGGCUACUCGUUCGACUGCGACUGGUGGUCUCUGGGCACAAUCAUGUUUGAGUGUCUUGUGGGCUGGCCGCCGUUUUGCGCCGAGGACAGCCACGACACGUACCGCAAGAUUGUCAACUGGAGGCAGACGCUGUACUUCCCCGACGACAUCACGCUGGGUGUCGAGGCUGAGAACUUGAUCCGGAGCAUGGUCUGCAAUACCGAGAACCGUCUUGGCCGUGGUGGCGCACACGAGAUCAAGAACCACCCCUUCUUCCGUGGCGUCGACUUUGACAGUCUGCGCCGCAUCCGUGCUCCAUUCGAGCCGCGGCUGACGUCCAACAUCGACACGACGUACUUCCCCACAGACGAGAUCGAUCAGACAGACAACGCGACGGUGCUCAAGGCCCAGGCCAUGCAGAACAACCGCGGCCAGCCUGAGGAGUCGCCGGAGAUGAGCUUGCCCUUCAUCGGCUACACGUUCAAGCGAUUUGAUAACAACUUUCGGUAA